GGGUUCAGGGCUGUGGUGGCAGCUGAUGGCCUGAGCAUGUGACGGGUCACAUGAGGGUUGGUCGGAGCUCAGUGCCGCGGACGGGGAGUGCGGAGGGUUCGGUGACCGGUGGACCCCACAGAGAGUGGGACAAUGGCAGAGAGGACACCUUUACUGAACUACAGACUGUUCACAGGCCCCGACCCCGGGCAGCCCGAGCCCGAGGGCAGCCCCGGACACCCCGCCCGGGCCCGGGGCACAGACCCCCCAUCGCAGCCCAAGAAACUCUCCACUUUCUUUGGAGUUGUCAUCCCGACUCUGCUCUCCAUGUUCAGUGUAGUGGUCUUCCUGCGGAUUGGUUUUGUGGUGGGUCAGGCGGGUCUGUACCAGGCGAUUCUCAUGUUCAUUGUGGCUUAUCUCAUCGUGAACAUGACUGUUCUCUCUGUGUGCGCCAUCUCCACCAAUGGAGCCCUGGAUGCCGGUGGAGCAUACUAUAUGAUCAGCCGAGCAUUGGGACCAGAAUUUGGAGGCAGCAUCGGGGUCAUGUUUUUUUUUGCUAAUGUCUGUGGGAGCGCACUCUAUAUUUUGGGACUGGUGGAGUCUAUCGUGGACACUUUUGGAGUACUUCCAGACGAAAUCCAAGGCAGCUCAGAGAACGUACUUCCUCAGGGCUACUGGUACGAGCUUCUUUAUGGCAGCGGGGUUCUCCUCAUCUGCCUGCUGGUCUGCCUGGUCGGAGCCAGUAUCUACGCCAAGGCCACGUUUGUCAUCUUCCUCAUCGUCAUGGUGGUGCUCAGCACCAUAUUCAUCAGUUUCUUUGCCGUGUCACCGAAACCCAUCAACAUGACCAUCCCAGGGCAAAACGGCACAAUACACGGCUACUUCACUGGAUUUAAGCUGUCCACCCUGAAGGAAAAUCUGAAUCCGAAAUACACAGCGGACUACACCACCGGUAACAUGAUGAGCUUUGCUGCUGUGUUUGCGGUGAUGUUUAACGGCUGCACGGGUAUCAUGGCGGGGUCGAAUAUGUCGGGUGAUUUAAAGAAUCCAAGUUACUCAAUUCCCAGAGGCACCAUCACUGCUGUAAUAUUUACCUACAUUAUCUACAACAUCUUAUGCCUGAUGGUCAGCUGCACUUGUGAUCAAAAACUGCUUCAAUAUAAUUAUGGUUUCCUGAAAGACAUUAAUAUCUGGGGUCCGUUCGUCACCAUUGGGAUUUACUCUUCAACCUUGUCAGCUGCCAUGAGCAAUCUGAUUGGAGCUUCCCGCAUCCUCUAUGCGCUCGCCAAGGACGAUAUAUUUGGAAAGCUCCUUCUUCCCGCUAAGAAGACUUCCUGCCACGGGAAUCCCUGGGCUGCCGUGCUGAUCUCCUCCUUCUUCGUGCAGCUUGUGCUGUUUUCGGGCAAACUGAACACCAUUGCCGGCAUCGUGACCAUCUUCUUCCUCCUGGUCUACGCAGCGGUUGAUCUCGCCUGCCUAGCGCUGGAAUGGGCUUCCGCACCAAACUUCAGGCCAACCUUUCGUUACUUCACCUGGUACACCUGUGUGCUGGGCAUCAUUGGCUGUGGGAUCAUGAUGUUCCUUAUCAACCCGAUCUACGCCUCAGCCAGCAUCGCCUUCAUGCUCAUCCUCCUGGUGGUGCUUCACUACGUCUCGCCCUCCAGCAGCUGGGGUUACAUCAGCCAGGCUAUCAUCUUCCACCAGGUGAGGAAAUACCUCCUGAUGUUGGAUGUGAGGAAAGAUCACGUGAAGUUCUGGCGGCCCCAGAUCCUGCUGAUGGUGGCUAACCCCCGAACCAGCACCCAGCUCAUUGGGUUUGUGAAUGACGUGAAGAAGAGCGGUCUAUACGUGUUGGGCCACGUGGAGAUCGGGCACCUCGACGAAAUGCCUUCUGACCCUCUUCAGGCCCAGUACGACUCCUGGCUAAGCUUGGUCGACGCAUUGAACGUAAAAUCGUUCGUCAGCCUCACUCUGUCCGACUCAGUGCGGCACGGAGUACAGCACCUAUUGUUCAUCUCCGGGCUCGGGGGAAUGAAGCCCAACACUCUGGUCCUUGGUUUCUAUGACGACUCGGUGCCCGAGGAUUCUUUCCAACAGUUGCCGGGGUUCUCCUACGGCGGUGGCUUGUCUGGCCUAGCGGAGGACGAGUCCAGCCUGCAGCCGCUCUUCCCUCCCAUCAGGGCCGCCCGCUCCCCCAAGGCGCUGACGGCCAAGGAGUACGUGGCCAUCAUCUCCGACGCCAUCAAGAUGCUGAAGAACGUGUGUCUGGCGCGACACUUCUCCCAGCUGGACAGGAGGGAGCUUCUGUCCCGUAAGAGCGGGCAGGUGUCCAUCGACGUUUGGGCUCUGAACCCACUCCGUCCGGACAGCGCCAAGUACGUAGACACGUGUAGCCUCUUCCUGCUGCAGAUGGCCUGCAUCCUGAACAUGGUGCGCUCCUGGCGAGGGGCAAAACUGCGGAUCUUCCUGUGCGUGGAGUCCGGCCACAGCACUGGGGAGCACGAGAAGAAGCUCCAGCAGCUCCUGGGACAACUGCGCAUCAAGGCCUCCAUCCGCACCGUCUAUUGGGACCCUGUGGCCGCGCUCCACUGGCACAAGCAGAUGCCCAAGGACGACGGCAGCGAAGAGAGCGGCACGAGCACCUACGCCAACACCUUCCCGUCCAACUCCAUGAAGAUCUCCGACGAGUAUCUGGUUGCCGUGAACCAGAUGAUUCUAGAACAAGGGCCAGACCCGGCCGUCAGGUUCCUGUACCUGCCCCGCCCGCCCGCAGACACCUCGCUCUAUCUCAGAUACUUGGAGCAGCUGGACAUCAUGACCCAAAACCUGGGGCCGACCCUCUUAAUACACGGUGUCAGUGCCGUCACCAGCACCGAUCUGUAGCUCAAACCCCCACUCCCCCUCCCCAUCACUAUCUCUCCCUCAUCACC